GGGAGGUUUAUUUUCAUGCUGAGAAGGAUUUCCUCUGUGUAACAGGCUGAACAAGGGGAAGAGAGCAAAGAUUUCACAAUAACGGAUCUUACGGACAUUUGCCAGAGGACGCCGGUCUCGACUAUAAAACCCCAUCAGUCAGUCUGUCUGACAAUCCGUCUGUUCAGGACGGUUGUCCAUUUUAUUGUAGAAAAAAAGUUUGAUGGUUGUCAAAAAGAGUUCUCUGCUGACAAUAACUUACAUGUAAGAGAUGGUGUGAGGACUCUGUGAGGGGGGAUCCAUGGCCAAAAUGCUGAUUCUUCUCCCUUUGCUGGUGGCUCUUUGCGCCGAACCAGCUCACAGCAUUUUCGACGGAACCUGCCCCAGAAAAGAGCCUCCCCCUGGUCUGCUGGUUUUGUCUCCAGGCAGUAAGUUGCUUCUGACCUGCAGCGGGCACGUAAAGGUGGAUGGAGUAAAAGUCAGCGUGGCCAGAAACCUCUCAAACUCCAGCAGAAAAUGGAUUUCUUCAAAUGCAACCCGGACCGCUGUAAAUAUAACAGACAUCACAGUCGCUUCAGUGAAAAGCUACAAGCAGACUGUGAAGAGUGCUGCGAGUCAGGGGUAUCACUCCAGUCCAACAGAGGCCCAUGACAACCGGAUAAUCACACACACCGAUGCAGGAUACACAGCUUCUCCCACCACUCACAUGGUCCGGAAAAGUGGUGUGAGCAGGCUUUUAAAGAGUGAAUACAACUGGGAGGCCGAAGAGGUGGGUGACGAGGGUGAGCUUGAGGAAGAGGAAGGAGAGGAAGGCAGCAGGGUGACAAGGGGUGUAAAAAUGAUGCAUCAUUGGAAGUGGAAUGGAAAGACAGUGGGAAAAGGAGACAGAGACUGGGGAGAGAUCGCAUUUGAGGAGCGAGGGGCUACACUGUCUCUGUCCUCGGUUAGAGUGAAAGACUCUGGGAAGUACGCGUGUUACUACAAAGGCAGAGAGAUGUUCUCUGUAAGAGUCACCAUUGCAGAUCCUCCAGAGACUCCAAGCCUGUCCUGCUACAAAAGGUCACCCAGCAGUAAGAUUCGCUGUGAGUGGACUCCUCGCAAGGCUUUCACCAUAACUCCUGACUGUUUUCUCCUUCUUAGUAAAAGAAGAGGCAGGGGCUCUGAGCCAUUUCAUCAGUUUAAGUGCUCGUAUUCCCUUCGACUCUCCCGCUGCUGGUGUGCUCUGGACUACAACGAGGACGAGCUGAGAACCCUUCAUAAGGCUUACCUGUGUGUUACAAGCAUUGCAGGGAAUGCCACCAGCAACCUUCAGCACUUCAGACCUCUGGGCAUCUUAAAGCCCGAACCACCAUCACAAGUUUCAGCCUGGCAGGAAGUGGGACAGGAGACGAGGUUAAAGGUGACAUGGAGUUACCCCAAGUCCUGGAAGUCUCAAGACAGCUUUUAUGAACUCAUCUAUGAGAUCAAAUACAGACCUCGCAGGGCUUCAUUUGAUAAUGAGCAGGUAAAGGUCAUUAAAGAAGAUCGGUACUACACGAUCACAGACGUAAUGCCAGGUGUGGAGUACCUGAUACAGCUCCGAGCUAGUGAGGAAUACGAUGGUCAGUGGAGUGACUGGAGUACGCCUGUUAAUGCCAGCAGCUGGACAGCACCGUCACUGUCGCCUCUUAUCACCACAACGUUUCCAGUCUACCUAGAGGGCUCUGGAGCAGAUGAUGACUUGAUUUAUGUUAUUGAACCGGUGUUUAGUGGACCAGAGCUGACCCAUCACAUCCUGUGGAUCUCUUGUUUAUUCAUCCUCUUAUCAGUUACUUUGGCCAUCUACAUAUUCAGAUACAAGGACAGAUUUGUGUCCAAACUGCAGAGUCUGGGUGCUUCUGCCCAGUGUGGUGACCCGCCUCAGCCUCAGAUCUUCACCCCAACAGCCCCAGAAAGGCAGGCUGUGGUGAUUUUUGCCCCUCCACGUUACAAACAUCCUCCACCAAAUGACAUGGAAGAAGAAGAAGAGGAAGAAGAGGAAGAAGGGGAGGAAGAAGAAGGAGAAGAAGAAGAGGAAGAUGAGCAAGAACAGUGGAUAAAUGACAGGCUGGAAGCCCAGCACUUCAACAACACAACUUACUUCUUUGUCCAAAAGGAGGGAUGAUCAGACAGGAAGAUGACCAAAGAUGACAGACUUUUCUUCUGUUAGAAGCAAACUAAGAAACUACUUUUAUAGUUUGGCUGUAUUUCUCUCUGUAACUGUCUUUUACCUUAUAUACCUCUAAAAUACUUUUUUGUUAUUGCUGUAUAUGUGGUUGUCUUAAGAGUAGCCUUUCAGCAAAUCAUGUUUUCGUAGACAUAAGAGACAACUGUUGGCUGUAUUUACCGAACCACCCUGUGUUCUGUUUGUAUAUAAUUUUGUUACGUUUUAUGAAAUGUAUCAUUCACACCCUGCCCUCUCAGUUCCCCCCCAAAAGGGUCAAAUAGUUUUCGUUUUUUUUGUCUGUAUAUGUGUUUUGCUGCUUUUGAGACAUUUUAACAUGAAAGAAAUAAAAGUGAGUGCUAGGCACAUUGGUCCUAGAACUCAUGUGACCUCAAAUGCUACAGGCUUUUUGUAAAAGAGGGGGAGGACCCAGGUGCGGAUUCCAAAUAAAAAGGAUUGAAUAAACUUA